GGCAACGGCAACGGCGACACCCUCCUCCCUCUUCUUCAAGACCUCGCGGAUUGCUUGAAGCUUCCCCCGGAUUACUUUGCAAGGCUCCCGGGGGAUCUGCGGCUCGAUCUAAAUGAUGCCGCAUUUGAUCUUUCUAGCGGGCCUGUGCUGGAUGAGUGUGGUCAAGAAGUGGGGGAAAUGCUCUUAAAUCUUUCUCGAGCAUGGGAAGAGGCUGAUACUUCUACUUCAAAUAGCAUUGCAAGCCAGCUCCCAUCUCUAGAGAUUUCUUUGACGGACAAUGUCAAACCAGGCAAGGCACUUGGCAAACGUUUGGUAUCUGCUGGAAGAAGAUUUGAGGCUAUGGGAAUGUAUGGUCAAGGAGAGCCACAAAGGAUUGCCCAAGCUAUGAUCAAAACUGGGAAGCUGCUGUCUAGAGGUCCUGUUAUAAUCACUGAUGAAAGGCCUAAGAAGGAAAGCAGGAUGUUGAAGUUUGGAGAAUUACAAGUGGAGUUGACUCCAGGGAAAGCUUAUAGUGGUGCUGCUAUUGGUCUUGUUUUCGGAUUACUCUCUUGGGAACUAAGUCAAGGCAUCCAAAGCAUUCCAGAAAGUUCAUUGCAGUAUGCAAAUGAUAAUGCACUGCUCCUAGCAAAGUCACUAAGAGGAGCUCUUCUUGUACUUGGUUACUCAUCUACAGUCUUAUCUGUUUUUGCUUCAAUGGGACUUGUGUUGUUGGGAAGACAACUGAGCUCCGAAAGCAGCUCAAAGAAACUGUAAAUAAUGAGGUUCAUGAAUGCCAGUUUGCUAUUUAAAAGCUACAAAUGUACUUUGUUGAAGUGUAGGAGGAAAUUUUUUAUGUAAAAUUUCUGUACUUAUUUGCAAAUUCCAACUGCAUGAGCGACGUGUCGCUUUCAAAUGCGGUUGUGGUUUUGGUGCGA